AUGGGGAUCCGAGAGUUUCCCGGCGGCGCACCCAGGGGCAAAGGCAUCGCCAUUGGCAUGAGGAGGUCACCGGACGUCAGUCCUCGGAGACUGUCCGACAUCAGCCCCCAGCUCAGGCAGCUCAAGUACUUGGUGGUAGACGAGGCGAUCAAGGAGGACUUGAAAUGGUCGCGUUCGGUGGAGGACCUCACCAGCGGGCCGGUGGGACUCACCUCCAUCGAGGAGCGGAUCCUGCGCAUCACAGGCUACUAUGGCUAUCAGCCCUGGGCAGCGAGCUACAAAAGGGAGGAGCGUCCCCGGGAGCCCCUGGGCCCGGCGGAGGCCCAGGCGCCGGGCGGGGCAGAGGCCGGAGGGAGGACCAGCCGCCGCCGCUGGACGUGCUCAAGGGCGCAGUUGCACAAGACGUUCUGGGGCGUGGCCGUGGUGCUGUGCGUGUGCGCCUCCUGGGCUGGCUCCACGCAGCUCGCCAAGCUCACCUUCGCCAAGUUCGACGCGCCCUUCACCCUCACCUGGUUUGCCACCAACUGGAACUUUUUGUUCUUCCCGUUGUACUACGCGGGGCACGUCUGCAAGUCCACCGAGAAGCAGUCUGUGAAGCAGAGAUACAGGGAAUGCUGUCGAUUUUUUGGAGACAAUGGCUUGACUUUGAAGGUGUUUUUUACCAAGGCAGCCCCUUUUGGUGUUCUUUGGACACUCACAAACUACCUGUACUUACAUGCAAUAAAGAAAAUAAACACUACGGAUGUGUCGGUGUUGUUCUGCUGCAACAAAGCUUUUGUGUUCUUGCUCUCAUGGAUCGUUCUCAGGGACAGGUUCAUGGGAGUGAGGAUUGUGGCUGCCAUCCUGGCCAUUGCCGGCAUUGUGAUGAUGACCUAUGCUGACGGAUUCCACAGCCACUCUGUCAUCGGCAUAGCCCUGGUGGUGGGCUCUGCGUCCAUGUCGGCCCUCUACAAGGUUCUGUUCAAGCUCCUGCUAGGCAGUGCCAAGUUCGGGGAAGCCGCCUUGUUCCUGUCCAUUCUGGGUGUGUUUAACAUCAUCUUCAUCACCUGCAUCCCCAUCCUGCUCUACUUCACCAAGGUGGAAUACUGGAGCUCCUUUGAUGACAUUCCAUGGGGAAACCUUUGUGGAUUUUCAGUCCUCUUAUUGACAUUCAAUAUUGUAUUAAAUUUUGGAAUUGCCGUGACGUAUCCCACUCUGAUGUCUCUUGGAAUUGUCCUCAGUGUACCUGUAAACGCAGUGGUUGAUCACUACACCAGUCAGAUUGUCUUCAACGGGGUCCGGGUCAUCGCCAUCAUCAUCAUCGGCCUGGGCUUCCUCCUGCUGCUCCUGCCGGAGGAGUGGGACGUCUGGUUGAUCAAGCUGCUCACCCACCUCAAAGUGAGGAAGAAGGAGGAGACAGUGGAGGGCGGGGCUGACCUGGGCUCAGGACCCCAGAACAGGAGCAGGAGAGCUCGCCCUUCCUUUGCGCGCUAGGGCCUCUCUUCUGGGACUCUGGGGCUGCCCCCACGGUGAUGAUUUGGAAGCCUGUCCCUGACAGGAGGAGCCUCGGUUGGGUAAGGUGUACAUACCUGUACAGUUUUGGUAACUGCGGUAAGUCCUACGGUAUUUAUUGGCAUGUCCAAUUUGCUUGCACUUUUCCACAUCAGACCUUCACUCAAGGGCACCGAUUCAAUAAGGAAGAGAAGGAACCUCAGCGCUUUCCCAAUGAAUGUAAAGUGGGUCACCAUGAGCCUUGUAUUGAUUGUUUCUGACAACAGGUGUGCUUAACAAGCCAGGGCAAAUGUUUCGAAUCUUAGCAACUGAAAAUGACAUUGUACACUGUGAUUAUUUUUCAGCUAUAGUAGGUCAUAUUUUGUUUUAUACCAGAGCUGUACUCUUAAUUUUAAGGAAUUUCAAUGAACCAAAAGACAACUAUCAGUUAAUCUGGAAGAUGAGUGGAUGGGUAGCUGGGUGGACGGAUGGACAGAAGGGUGAAUGGGUAGAGGGUUGAUUACGUGGAUGGGUGAAUGGGUAGAUGGGUGAGUGGAUGGGUGGCAGGAUGG